GGAAUGUUCUCUACCUCUAGGACUUUCCUUUACACUCACACUGACACCAAGAGGACGACCUGCUAAAAUGGAUAAUAAUUGUUGAAAGCAGCUGAGGAACCACCACCAAGCAGUAAAGGACUUCCUCUGUGUCUCAAAAUCUCUCUGGUGACACUUAUGUUACAGGGCUGCCAAAUUUACUGGCUGAAUAUUAUGCGCGAGAAAAGCUGGUCAGUCGCUUGAUACAUUUGUGGAGAAGUAUACGUGCGCUUUCGGAACCAUGGAGGAGAUCUUCAAGGAUCAAGACUUUUGGUCCUUCAACGAGUCAUCUAGAAACUCCAGCGUCGGCAAUGAGACCCAUAGUGUGAACCAGACAGUGAACCCCCUGAGAAGGAAUGAGGAGGUUGCCAAAGUGGAAGUUACUGUGCUGGCCUUGGUGCUGUUCUUGGCACUAGCUGGUAACCUUUGCGUCCUUAUUGCGAUCCACACAGCCAAGCACACUCAGUCACGCAUGUAUUACUUUAUGAAGCACCUCAGCAUUGCAGACCUGGUGGUGGCUGUCUUCCAGGUUCUGCCUCAACUCAUUUGGGACAUCACCUUUCGCUUCUAUGGACCAGACAUCCUUUGCAGGUUGGUGAAAUAUCUUCAGACCGUCGGGAUGUUCGCCUCCACUUACAUGCUGGUGCUGAUGUCCAUAGACAGAUGUAUUGCGAUCUGUCAGCCCCUUCGUUCUUUACACAAGAGAAAGGACCGAUGUUACGUGAUUUUUUCUUGGGCACUGAGCUUAGUUCUCAGUGUCCCACAAGUUCACAUAUUCUCCUUACGGGAGGUUGGUCCUGGAGUUUAUGAUUGCUGGGGAGAUUUCGUGCAGCCUUGGGGAGCAAAAGCCUACAUUACGUGGAUAAGUCUGACAAUAUACAUCAUACCAGUGGCCAUACUGAGUGUCUGCUACGGACUGAUAAGCUUUAAAAUAUGGCAAAACUUUAAAAGGAAAACGAGGGACCCGUGCAUUACUCUCACACCUACGGCAUCGAAAACCAACGCGCUCGCGCGGGUCAGCAGCGUCAAGCUCAUCUCCAAGGCCAAAAUCACCACUGUUAAAAUGACUUUUGUUAUUGUGCUGGCUUAUAUAGUGUGCUGGACUCCGUUUUUCUUCGUACAGAUGUGGUCAGCCUGGGAUCCAGAAGCACCAACAGAAGCCAUGCCCUUCAUCAUCUCCAUGUUACUGGCCAGCCUGAACAGCUGCUGUAACCCCUGGAUCUACAUGUUUUUCGCUGGGCAUCUAUUCCAUGACCUGAAGCAGAGCCUGCUGUGUUGUUCCACGCUCUAUCUGAAGUCCUCUCAGUGCCGCUGUGAUCUGGAACACGACUCACGCAAGAGCAACUCUUCCACCUAUGUCAUCAAAAGCACCAGCAGCCAGAGGAGCAUCACCCAGACCUCGGUAACAUAAGUCAGACAUCCAAUGUUUCUGACAUUUUUGAAAGCCUGGGAAAUUCAAAUGAAGGAAAGGACAGUUAAACUAUAAACUCAUUUGGCACACAAGAGUGGAAUUGAAGCUAAAUCUCACAAUCAAGUUCACCUCAGUUUUGUUUUAUUUUGGGAAUUAAUCAGAAUGUCAUUUAAUUAUUCCACUUCUUUGCACUUUUUUUUAUUUAUUUAUUUUUUAUCUGAAACGUACUCAUUUUCUUAUCUCUAAGAACCUGGAGGAUCAACUGAAUGAAGACCAAAUAAACUGUUCCUUACUUUCAUUUACUGUGCUUCUAAUUAUUAAGGGGAUGUCAUUCAGUUUUCAGCUAUACUCUAUGUUUAUGUGAUGUAAACAUGGGAAAAAGCCCGAAUGUCACAGUAGAGACCACUGAAACUUAAAGGGGAACCAAGAACAUGUCUGCUAUAAUUGGAAAAUUUUACAGGGCUUUGUUUUUUAUUACAGAAGUCAUAUGGAGGUAUCUGUUCUGCCCUCUGCUGUUGUGAGAGUACUUAUAGGAAAAAGCUUGCCUUUCAUCUUUAAUACUGUCAACUCCCAUUAAAAUACUAAUUCAUGAAAAAGAAACAGUAAUGAAAAAUACAAUUUUCACUUAUUGUCAAAGAUCAAGUUUGACAUACUUUGUACUGAAGUGGACAGCGGGGUCAUGUCAUUUUAAACAUUAAAAGGACACAACUGUUGGUCAGUGUGUAAAGAAGGCACAUAUGGAAACAAGAUGUUGCAGACACAUGAAGUGUUAAAAUCCCCUCUGUUUCAUUCAGAACCCAAUGACAAACAUGGCUCUUUUAAAUGGACUUGUCAAAAAAGAAGACUGACCAUUCUUUUUUU